AAAAUUAAAAAUAAUAUAAAAAUUCCCCUAUAUAUUCACACAAGCCCCCCGUCGCGUUACAACUACACAUCACUCCCUUUUAUCCCCUUUUCAAUCCGACCCUUUCGCACUCCAAUGAAAGAAACGCCACAACCAACCCUAAACGGCGCCUUCUACGGCCCCUCAAUCCCACCGGAAAAAUCCUACCACCGUCCCGGCCGCAGCCGCGGCGGAGGCUGCGGCUUCUUCAACUGCUGCUGCGGCUGUCUCUGUAGCUGCAUCUUCAAUCUCAUCUUCCAGAUCCUCUUCACAAUUCUCCUCAUCGCCGCUAUCAUAAUCUUCAUCUUCUGGCUGAUUUUUCGCCCAAAUCCCGUGAAAUUCCACGUCACCGAGGCCUCUUUGACGCAAUUCGAUCUCUCUACAAACAACACUCUCUACUAUAAUCUGGCUCUGAACAUGACCGUUAGGAACCCGAAUAAGCGUAUCGGAAUUUACUACGAUCAGAUCGAGGUGAGAGCUUUGUACAAAGGCGAGAGAUUCGCGGUGACUAAUUUGACCAGGUUUUAUCAGGGGCACAAGAAGACUGAUUAUUUGAGCCCCGUGUUUAAAGGACAGAAUUUAUUAGUGCUCGAGAAGAACGAUUUGUCGAAAUUCAAUUCGGAGAAAGAUUCGGGGAUUUAUUCGAUUGAUUUGAAGAUGUAUUUGAAAGUUCGAUUCAAGUUAGCUUUGUUCAAGACUAUGAAGUUUAAGCCGAAGAUCGAGUGUAAUUUGAAGGUACCGUUGGAUUCUAAAGGCAAAGUUUCGGGUAAUUUUACGGCUACUAAGUGCGAUUUCGAUUGGAGGCAUUGAUCGAGAGAAUGUUUUAAUUCAAUCGAUUUGUAUUUUCUUGUGGCGAUAUUGCUCGAUUAUGUUUGAUUUACUAGUUGUUUUGUUCUCUGAGUACUGUUAGUCCAGCAGCAGUAGUGGAUGAUAUGACCUGCAUAUUAUAUCGAUAGAAUAUUAUUUUAUUAUAUUUCGAAUUCAAAUUUUAAA